GGCGUGGCGGGGCCGCGCGGGCGCAUGCGCGGGGCGGCGGCGGGGCGGAAGCGGGCGCGGGCGCGCGCGGCCCCUUUCCGGCGGCGCGGGCGGAGGCAGCGGCGCGCGGGGCCCUCAGGUACGGCCGGGACGCUCCCGGGCCAUCCCGGCCACUCCCAGCACUUCCCGGCGCUCCCCGGCCCUCAGGAUCUUCCCGCCGCCACCGCGCCGGUACCCAUGAGCUGAGGAGCCGCGGCGGGAGCCGAGGCAGGAGCGGGCGGAGCCGCCGCCGCGGGCCCGGCGGAGCAGCGGAGCCGCCUCCCCGCCGCCCCAUGCGCGGCCCGCGCUGAGCCCCGCCCGCCCUUCCCCGCCGGGCCGGCGCUCGCCCUCUCGCCCUCCCUUGGAUGCCGCCGAGAUGGGCAAGGUGCUGUCCAAGAUCUUCGGGAACAAGGAGAUGCGGAUCCUGAUGCUGGGGCUGGACGCGGCCGGCAAGACCACGAUCCUGUACAAGCUGAAGCUGGGCCAGUCGGUGACCACCAUCCCCACCGUGGGCUUCAACGUGGAGACCGUCACCUACAAGAACGUCAAGUUCAACGUGUGGGACGUGGGCGGCCAGGACAAGAUCCGGCCGCUGUGGCGGCACUACUACACGGGCACGCAGGGGCUCAUCUUCGUGGUGGACUGCGCCGACCGCGACCGCAUCGACGAGGCGCGGCAGGAGCUGCACCGCAUCAUCAACGACCGGGAGAUGCGGGACGCCAUCAUCCUCAUCUUCGCCAACAAGCAGGACCUGCCCGACGCCAUGAAACCCCACGAGAUCCAGGAGAAACUGGGCCUGACCCGGAUCAGGGAUAGGAAUUGGUAUGUGCAGCCCUCCUGUGCCACGACGGGGGAUGGACUCUACGAAGGGCUGACGUGGUUAACGUCCAAUUAUAAAUCCUAAUGGGAGAGGAACUAUUUAGUCUACAAAGAAUUAAAGAAAAAAAUACAAAAUAAAAAAAAUUAAACAAAACAAACAAAAAAAAGAAACAACAAAAAAAAUAACCCACGUGGCUUUCCAGAAGAAUGAUUCUCUACUGAAAAGUAAAAACAAAACCGCAUCCAUAGGAUUAUGAUCACCUUUCUCCAGUUGCCACCCUUUCCUCCUGCACCCUUGGCUGGAUUCCUGUUCUAACUCCUCCUGCUUGGCGUUAGGAUGCUCUAACCUCCGAAUGUGACACGAACACAGGCACUAGAUGCUAUGGCAGACUUCCAGCAAACAGGGGAAGGACACAUUAUAGACUUGCUAAGUAACUUUUUUUUUGGUUUGGUUUUUUUUUGGUUUUUUUUUUCUUUUUUUUCCUCUCGAUAGCCCUUUGCUGGUUUGAUUAUUUUGGGGGAUGUUGGGGGAGGGGGUCCAUUUUCAGUGUAUGCUUUCUGGGUCUACUUUUUUUGAUUAUAUAUAUUUUUUUCUCUCUCUCUUCUCUCACUUUGCUGUAGAUUGCUACUUUUUUGCAUUCCUGCAGGAUAUGUUGCUAGGUCGACUUCAUCUAGUAAACUGAAAAUCGUUGCUUAAAAUCAAAC